AUGGGCGACAAGGCAGCAGCAAUCACGCUUCCUAACUCGGAGCAAUUCUAUCUGGACAGUGAACAGGGUGAAUCAUAUUUGAUCCAAGUCUCUUGGCCACUUCAUUGGCAAGGCCACGACCCCCCUGUUGGGAACGAGCAACUUCCGAUCAUAUACAUUGUCGAUGGAAAUGCACUAUUUUUAACCGCGACAGAAGCCGCCUGGCGUCGAGCAGCUUCGUCACAUUUCGCCGGAGGAGGCAUCGUCGUCGCGAUCGGAUAUCCCUUAACCAAAAAAUUGUACGAUGCGCGUCGUCGCAGUUUAGACCUAACACCACCUACACAAGCCCAGGUAAACGGAUAUGGAGGAGCGGAUCUGUGUCUUGACUUUAUCGAGAAAGCCGUUCGUCCCGCGAUCAAGGAGCGAUUUCCGAAGCUGUCGUUCUCGAGAGAAGCUCUCUAUGGUCAUUCCUAUGGGGGGUUAUUUGCCCUGCACGCAUUGUUUACACGCCCGCAGUCCUUCGACUGCUACAUAGCGAGCAGUCCCUCGAUAUGGUGGAAUAGCCGGUGUAUAUUGCAUGAAGCGAAGUCAUUUUUGGAUCAAGAGAAGGCGGCAGAUGAGCAGGCGCCGUCGCUAAUGGUUUUCUUUGGGUCUCAUGAACAAAGUCCACCUCAGUGGAACAAUGAGCCACUCGAUCACUAUGAAGCGCGAAAACAGAUUGCUUCGGAUUUGAGAAUGGGCGAUAAUUCACGUGAUCUUGUUGGGAUGCUGCAGGACAGCAAGCGACUACAUACUGUCAUUGUGAAUGAGUACGAUGGCGAGGAGCAUACGAGUGUUAUGGCGUGUUCGAUGAGUCGAGGUUUAACUGCGUUUUUUGAAGAUUGGCCGUUGCCAAACUAA